AUGGCACCCCCAAGUUACAACUUCACCCCGCGCUCCUCAAACUUCAUUGAGUCCUUCACAUUACCGACGAGUUCAGAUCCAAGUCUAGGGGCAGAAUUGACUGCUACCAAGCCUCGUCGUGUUUCUUGGAAUGGCCAGGGCUACGAUCCCGACACCGAGUCCGAGUCAGAAGAGACGGACACAUCAGACGAAUGCGAAGAAGACGAAGAGGAAGUCAUCUUUGCUCUUGACGAGAGUGCCAUGGCUGAGCUUCCAUUGCGUCUCCAGAAGAUCAUGCGGGAAAUCCAGACUGAGCGAUUCAUUCGGCUGACAAGGGAAAACCCAAACAUUAAGAUUCGGACAGCUAGCUUCUACGAUAGUCAUCCGCACGAAGAAAAUUCAGCUUCGAUGCCACCGUGGUUAGCAGCGCCACCAGAUUUCGAACAUGCCACGAACUCCCGGCAUUUCCAGCUGGACUAUCCAGCAUUGCCCGACCCUGCCUUUUCCCGCAGCCUCAAUGCCAACGUCAGAACCAAACAGCCGUGGAUGGCAACCCCAGCUUGUCAAGCCAAUGCAUUCGGAAGACCUCGAGCUGUUUCAGCUGCGGGGCACUCGCAUCUGAAUCGCGGCGCUCAAACAAUGCCUCUGCCUCAGAAGGACCGAUCGGCCAGCAGACGUCGUCAAUCUCUCAAACGUGCCAAUUUAGAAAAUAAGAAGAACGGUGGAUAUUCUCGAUUCAGCUCGCUGUCCCUGAAACCUGUGGCCACAAAUGUUCGUGCACGCGUCAAGAAAAGUUUCCAGAGACUGAACAGACUGAUCAAAAGAUUAGACUUUGACGAGAAACAAACAAGUUGCUUUGUGUAUCUCCAGGGCAAUGAAUGCAGGAAUAAAAUAUUCGAUCGCUGCUGUCAUGUUGAUUCUAGUUCUAGAAUUGUGUCCAGCAUGGAUGCUUCUGGGUGGCUGAGAGACACCCCCGCCGUCAACAUGCAGGCACCGGUGGUGGUUAUGAGUAUGCCUUCCCCUCCAGACCGUCUCUUCGAGCUGGAACCUGGCGGACUCGUUGCUAACGUGGUCCUAGACACCCAGAAUGGGGACCGGCAGGUCGGUCGGAGAGCUCAGCUGUCGAACAUUACUGCUGCCAAGACCGUUGCGGACAUUAUUCGAUCAUGCCUGGGCCCCAAAGCGAUGUUGAAGAUGUUGCUAGACCCUAUGGGUGGUAUCGUCCUGACCAACGAUGGACACGCAAUCCUCAGAGAGAUCGAAGUCGCCCACCCCGCAGCAAAGAGUAUGAUCGAGCUUAGCCGAACACAGGACGAAGAGGUGGGAGAUGGAACUACGACGGUCAUUAUUCUGGCUGGUGAGAUCCUGGCCCAGGCUCUUCCUCACCUCGAGCGGAACAUCCACCCGGUCACCAUCAUCUCCGCCUUCAAACGUGCACUCACAGAUGCGCUCGCGAUUGUCGAGGAGAUAUCAAUUCCAGUAGACGUCGACAACGACAAGGCCAUGUACAAGCUCAUCCAGUCGUCUAUUGGAACCAAGUUCGUCUCAAGAUGGUCGGAGCUUAUGUGCAGUCUUGCCUUGAAGGCCGUUAGAACAGUUUCUUUCGAUGUUGGUGGUGGAAAGCGGGAAGUGGACAUAAAACGAUACGCCCGUGUUGAGAAGAUCCCCGGCGGUGAAAUCGAGAACAGUGAGGUGAUCGACGGCGUGAUGAUCAACAAGGAUAUCACGCACCCGAAGAUGCGCCGGAGGAUAGAGAACCCAAGAAUUAUCCUUCUCGAUUGCCCGCUGGAGUACAAGAAGGGAGAGUCGCAGACGAACAUCGAGGUGACCCAAGAGGACCACUGGAACCGGAUACUCCAGAUUGAGGAGGAGGAGGUGAAACGCAUGUGCGACGCAAUCUUGGCCUUCAAGCCCGACGUUGUCAUUACGGAGAAGGGUGUUUCCGAUCUCGCUCAGCACUUCCUGGUCAAGAACAACGUCACUGCUAUUCGCCGCGUGAGAAAGACGGACAACAACCGAAUUGCCCGCGCCACCGGCGCAACUAUCGUGAACCGUGUGGAAGAUCUCCAGGAGUCUGAUGUUGGCACCAGGUGCGGACUGUUUGAAAUCGAGAAGAUCGGCGACGAGUACUUCACUUUCCUCCGGAAGUGCAAGGAGCCCAAGGCGUGCACCAUCCUGUUGAGAGGACCGUCCAAGGAUAUCCUGAACGAGAUCGAGCGGAAUCUUCAAGACGCCAUGUCUGUGGCCAGGAACGUUAUCUUCCAUCCUCGCCUGUCUCCCGGGGGUGGUGCAACGGAGAUGGCUGUUGCUGUCAAGCUCUCUCAAUUGGCGAAGUCUGUCGAAGGUGUUCAGCAGUGGCCGUACAAGGCCGUGGCUGAUGCCAUGGAGGUCAUCCCGAGAACUCUCGUGCAGAAUUCCGGAGACAGCCCUAUUCGCGUCCUGACUCGUUUGCGAGCCAAGCAUGUCGAGGGUCAUACCUCCUGGGGUAUCAACGGUGACACUGGAGCCAUCGUUGACAUGAAGGAGUACGGGAUCUGGGAACCCGAAGCCGUUAAGCUGCAGAGUAUCAAGACGGCCAUUGAGGCUGCUUGCCUCCUCCUUCGAGUCGACGAUAUCUGCAGUGCCAAGUCUGCUCAACAAUCUGGUGCCAAUGUGGGUGGCGGUGAAGAUUAA